CGUAGGAAAGAUGUCCCAGGUCUCGGAGCAUAUAGAGGAAGACUCAAGCCUUGGAUUUCUGACAUCCGUUCUCACUACGACACAGCAAACCCAGCAUCGGCUUUAGCUUCACUCUUGUACACUCUCUGCUUGAUCUCUGACACAGCUCGUCAACAACACAAGUCUUUUUAUAUAAACGCACCAAAAAGCCAGCAGACAUAUCAAAAGAUGGGCCAGAACGAAGAACUCAAGGCAAUCAGCGCCAACUUCAAGAAGAUUGGCGACCCGGCAACUCUUGAAAAAAUUUAUGGUGGCCUCGACAAGUUCACCGCCGUUUACGACCCCAGCACCGCCGCUGUCAAGGCCGGUGACAAGUUGCCAGACUUCACUAUGACCGACGCUACCGGCAAGCCAGUCUCCAGCAGCGAGCUUCUGAGCCAAGGUGCAAUCCUCGUCACCUUCUACCGCGGCAGCUGGUGCCCGUACUGCAACGUUGCCGUGCAGUACCUCCAGCAAAACCUCGAUGCCUUCAAGGCCAAAGGGGUCACGCUGGUGGCCAUCUCCCCAGAACUGCCGGACUACUCCUUGUCCCUGGUGGAGAAGCAGGAGCUCAAGUUCCCCGUGCUGACGGAUUUGCACAACGAAUAUGCCAAGAAGCUCGGCAUCCUCUACGACCAGUCUAGCGCGCGCGAGCUACAUGGCAAGGUUGGGGUCGAUCUGAAGGCCCGCAACGACGAGGACACAUGGGAAGUCCCGCUGCCCACCACGUUGCUUGUGGACAAGGGGGGUGUGGUCAGAAACGUGCACAUUGAGGCAGACUUCAGAAAGAGGCUCGACCCUGCGGACGCGCUGGCAUGGGCGGAUGCCUUGUGAGGCUGGAGGGGCCGUGGUCGUUCACUAGUGUUGUGUGAGCAAGUCGAGUGUGUAAACUGGAGCCUGCGCCUGUUUCGGCUGAUGGCGUGGGUUUAGCAGCUUGUAUUGAAUCGAAUUGAAAAGAGAAAAUAAAAAAAACAAAAACAGUCACAUCGUUACUUUGAAACUCA